AUGAGUAAAAAGGAAGCCUCUUCAUUCGCCAUUGCACCUUUGCGAUCUUUGGAUGACUUUUUGUUAGUAGCAGCACGGUUCCAAGUGCCCACUGUUAAUGAUCUGGAAAAAUGGGGUAACCGUGUUACAAGCAAUUUACUUUACUAUCAGACAAACUACUUUUUGAUGUCCAUUUUUAUCUUCAUAAUAGUUGGAAUAAUUCAUCCCCUAAAAAUGGCUUGUGGAUUUAUGGCAAUGGCAGUCAUUUUCAUGAUAUUUGUUUAUGUUACGAAUGAACAACAGUCUGCAGCCCGUUUCAAAAGAAAUCAUCCAGUUAUCUCAGUAUUGAUUAUUUUUGCUGGUGGAUAUUUUGUUGCGUAUAUGCUACAGUCCCUUCUCAUAUUCAUUCUAGGAAUAUUACUUCCAAUAACUGCUAUUUUUAUUCACGCAUCUCUGAGAUUGCGCAAUAUCAAGAAUAAACUGGCGAAUAGAGUCGAAAGCUUGGGAUUCACAACCACUCCCAUGGGAUUUUUUCUUGAAGAGAUUGGACUGGACAGAAAUCUAUUAUAA